AUGACACCCAAAACGGUCGCGACCAUCAACAGCACCGGGAGGCAAGCCGCUUCCUUCGUCCGCGCCGCCGCCGCCGUCGGUUGGAACGUGCGAGCCCAGAUCCGGCACCGCGACGGCCUGGUCUUCGACGAGCUGUCCGAGUUCCCCAAUGUCGAGUUCAUCGAUGGCGACCUCGCCGGCCCGGAGCGCGCCCGCAUCCUCGCGCGCCUCUUCGCCGGCGUCAAGAUAGCCUUCAUCAACACCACGCACUGGGGCGAUGAGGUGGCGAUUGGCAAGGCGUGCGCGGAUGCCGCGAAGCGCGCGGGCGUCGUGCACUACGUCUACUCCAGCAUGCCCGACCACUCUGCGUUUGGCAAGGGGUGGAGGGCGCUGCCGAUGUGGGCGUCCAAGUUCGCCAUUGAGAACUACGUGCGCCAAAUCGGCAUCCCGGCUACGUUUGUUUACACUGGCAUUUACAACAACAACUUCACUUCGCUGCCUUACCCUCUGUUCCAGAUGGAGUUGCAGGAUGAUGGCAGCUUCAUCUGGCAGGCUCCCUUCCACCCCAAGGAUCCGCUACCCUGGCUGGACGCCGAGCACGACGUUGGCCCGACGCUAUUGCAAAUCUUCAAAAUGGGCGCGAGUCACUGGAAAGGUCAAAGAGUAACAUUGGCCUUCGAAAAGCUGACGCCCAUCCAACUCUGCGAGCGCUUCUCCCGCGGCGUCGGCCGUCCAGUAAAAUACGUUCACGGCCCUAUCGAAAUCGCCGUCUCAAUACCCAGCGGCUACCGCGAGCAGCUCGAAAUCCUGCAAGAAACGCUCGGCGAGAAGCGCGCACCCUACUUCGGCCCGCUCCUGGAGUACCCGCGCGAAGGCCGCAGUAUCUGGGAAGGGCACCGCGGGAUCGAGGAGUACGCGCGCGAGGUCUUCCCUAUCGAGGAACACGACAAUGGCCUUCGGUGGAUGGAAGACGGAUUGCAGACGCCGGUGAGCGAGCGCAGCGAUCUCAAUGGCGGCACGGGGAGUCGCGGUCCUUCGCGGCCCAUGACGCCUUCUGGCCAGCAGAGUCUGCACAUUUCCGGGCACACGCCUCGGUCGCAUCCGGAGGGCUUGCAGGACAAUUUCUUCGUGGGGAGUUGCUGA